UUGGGAAUGCUGGCGCCAGAGUUACUUUUACCGCAGGCAACGAUGAACAAAAUCAUGGGCUCGUGGACGGCGAUGGAGGAUCAGCUCCUGCGCAGUCGCGUGGAACAGUCGCACUCAGAGUCAUGGUCCAAGAUUGCGGAAGGCGUGCCUGGACGAUCGUCCAAGCAGUGUCGGGACAGGUGGCGCAACCAUUUAGAUCCGUCGUUGAUCAAGUCGGCGUUCACGACGGAUGAAGAAAUCGCUCUCGAAAACGCGUACGAAGAACUGGGCAAUCGGUGGACCGAAAUUGCCAAGCGAUUGCCAGGGCGAUCAGAGCACGAUGUCAAGUUGCGCUGGAAGACUAUGCACCCGCAUCGAUUGGAUCGGUCGAAAGCGACGACUCGUUCAGCACCGACGCCGCCUCCACAACGUCGUGUUGUCGAGAUGCCGAUGACCCGGCCGCGACAGAUGUCGAACGUAAUGGGGUCGGACGUGAUUUCCAUGCUGGACGAGUUAGCUGUGGACGAUUCCACCGCGGCCCCUUCCAAGCGACCGCACGUGACAGAUUGGGACUACACUGCUCCUCCCCCAACGACGGCGGCGCGGCCUCUCGCUGGGUCGUUCCAACUGACCGACUCGUUCUUGAACACACUCAAGAAGAUCGAACACAACCCGACCGUGGACGAAGAAGCGCUGAUCGACUCUUUGUUUGCGUCGUUUGGGCCCCACGACGAAGAAGCCAUUCGUCGCAGCUUCAAUAUCAGCAUGCAGGAGUUCGAUGCGAUGCUCGAGAACAAGACGACCCUCAAAAAAUCGCUCACGAAACUGUCGUCGACCACGUCCAACACGAGCAACGCCGGGUUGAGUUUCCUCAACAACACUUCAUUUCUCAACAACGACGACAUCGACGGACUCAUCUCGUCCUGUGUCGACAACCAAAUCGACCACUUGGCCCAAUGACACAUAUAAGAAGAUCCACACACUCCCACUUAUGUACUGCGAGUAUAAUAUCUUUCCACAGCAUAUUCAACGAGGGAACGUUGUUCGCGACGUGAUG